AUGCUAAUGAUGGAAAUGAUCUCUUCAUACUUUACCACAGAUGACGGCAAUGAAGACAACAGACAACAGCCACAAAUAUAUGCGAAGAACUCAAUGGACAGAUUCGGUGAUGAUUUGUGCGGACUUUUGUUGUCUUAUCUCACAUUUGAAGACCGAUUCCGUUACGAAUGUGUGUCCAAACAGUUCCAGAGGACAGUCUUCAAGAGUGUUGUGGACAUUAGUAUUAAUGAUCAACUAAUAAGCCAUAAGUCAUUGAAAGGUCGGAACUUCUCUUAUAACCCAAUGGACCUCAAAAUUGUGGGCCAAAUGUUGAGCCAUAUGUACGACAGUCUCAUGGGUUACGAGACAACUGAAUUCAACACUCAAUUGUUGGCCACAAUCGCCAGAAAGUGUCCAAACAUUCAGACCAUUGACUGCCGAGGAAUAGGUACCAAAUAUGAAGAACACAUUCCGGAAAUGUUAAACAUAUUUCGAGGCAAUUCCCGGCAUUUGCGGGAAAUUUACUGCAAUUUAGGGCAAAAUAGCGAUCAAUUGUGUCAUACGUUCGGACCUCUGGUCACCAGAAUUGACAGAAUAUCGGCCGCAGAGAAACAAUCACUCAUUCAUUGCCACCAAUUGUCGCGAUUACACGUCUUCUCGUUGUCCGAUGUCUUCGACAACACUUCCCAACAAUUAUUGGCAAAAAAUUUAACAAAACUAUUGUUUGGCUAUAAUUCAGACGAUAAUCAACUGUUGUCCGCAUUUGUGGCACAGAAUCAGUCCCUCAAAAGUCUUGUCGUGUUUUAUAAGAAUAAUAUCACUCCCGGAAUGUUCCCCGAAAUGUCCAAACAAUUGUCACGAUUAACACAAUUACGGGAAUUGAGACUAAUUUCGCCAUUAAUUCAACAGAAUUUAUUGUCUGAGUCUUUGCGUACAAUUGGCUUAAACUGCAAACAACUGAAACACUUGUCAUUUGAAUUGAGAGGAUAUAACCCACCACUCGAUGGCAACGCUUUGUUGUCAUUAAGAUGUUAUCAUCGAUUAAAACGAUUUGGUUUAACACUCUUCGGGACCAUCGAUGAGGAUCUGUUGGAACCGUUGAAACUCUGCCACCGAUUAACACAUCUAACACUAUAUGCAAAGCAAAUGAAUUAUAAAUUGUUUGAUAAUUGCGACAAAAAUUGGCCGCGACUUCAAUACUUUUGCCUUAAAGUCAUUACAAUUACUGACGAGUUGUUGGAUCACAUCUCAAGACUACCGGCGCUGCAGUUUCUGAGGAUUGUAUGCCGACAUGACAUCGAUAUCAAAGAUAAUGAUUUCUCGCAUCUGUUGUCCAGAAGUACUAAACUAAAGAAUAUUGAAAUCCGUAUAAACAAAGUCUCAAAAUAUUAA